CUGUACGUUAUGAAAUGACAGAUCAAGAUGCAACUUUUCUCCAAUACUAUAGAGCCAUUACCAUGUCGAUCAACGCAUGAAUAGAAACCUAGUUCACACCCCGGAUUUUGACUUAGUUUUCUUUCGAGCCUCGUUUGAAUGUCGCUGUUGCAACAAGUUUGUACGGAAUGGGGGGCAGCCAUGACAGGAAGGUUGAUGCUUGGUAUUGUUGCGUCACAAUACAAAAUGCCUGUGAUGACGUAAUGAUCAAACACCAAGCUGCCACUGGUGAAAUGACGGAUCAUUAGCUGAUUGAACUGCAAGGUGAACGAACGAGUUUAAUUGUUCUGAAAGCCACUUCCUAUUCCAAGUAUUCAAGACUAGAAGGAACAUUCUGAUUAGAAUCCUGCAGACCAGUGAAUGAUGAAUAGGAGGCCCAACCUGAAUGGGUCUGGAGGACCAAGGUCCAUCGGUGUUCCACUGCUCUGUCCUUCUAACAGAGUGCUGCUGGAGAGAGAAGAGGUCAGCCAGGCCCCAGUGAUGGCCUCCUCUUUCAGGCCCUCAGCGUUCCCCUCCCUGCAUGUUGUACCUCGUGCUCCCAAUCCUGAUGAAAUCAGGCCCAAGAGGCCCACAGCUGCCCACAGAGAGAGGAGAGACCUCCAGUCCCUGGUUCCUGUCCAGGCUGGAUGUCGUGAGUCUCCCGGUUGGUUUAACAGCAGCAGCUCCCAGCUACCUGCCAAAACCAACAGACGCAGGCGCAACAAGGACCUUUCCUUCACUGAGGUUCUGAAGAACUACAAGCUUCUGCCUGAUUCCCGGCCCAGCAGCCCAGAGUGCCUGUACCAGCCUGAGACAAUGAUACCUAGAAUCCCUGUCAGCAUCACGAGACCUGAUGUGAGGCCUAGCAACCCUCGGCAACCAACUAGAAAGCCUGUUAGACCAGUCGGCCUGGUCCAGCAUGAUGUUCAGCCUUCCAGACCUGAGGGGAGGCCUAGCAACCCUCAGCAACCCACUAGACGGCCUGUUAGACCAGUCGGCCUGGUCCAGCCUGAUGUACAGCCUUCCAGACCUGAGGGGAGGCCUGGCAACCCUCAGCAACCCACUAGACGGCCUGUUAGACCAGUCGGCCUGGUCCAGCAUGAUGUUCAGCCUUCCAGACCUGAGGGGAGGCCUAGCAACCCUCUGGGCCCCACUAGACGGCCUGUUAGACCAGUCGGCCUGGUCCAGCAUGAUGUUCAGCCUUCCAGACCUGAGGGAAGGCCUAGCAACCCUCGGAACACCACUAGGAGAAAAGUUAAGCCCAGUAAUCCUGUGUGUCCCGUUAUACUCGAGUCCCAACCUACCAGUCCUGUGAGCAUCACCACCAGCGCUGUGGACAUAGUCCAGCCUGAGUCCCGUUCUACCUGCCCUCUGACCCUGGAGGAGCCGGCCCUUUCAGAGUCAUGCAGCUUCAGCAACAAUGUGUUUGUUCUCUCCAUGCCGAAAGCUGCCCAGCCAGAGGAGGCUGCCAGAGGGAGCAGCAGCCCACCCAGGGACAUCAUCAGGCCUGAGGCCUUCGUCCAGACAGGACCCCUGCUGGCCAGGAGAGCCCAGAGGGAUGCUCCUCCUGCAAAGAAGGUCCCCAAACCCCCGGUGGCCCCCCGGCCCAAACUGCUGCCCUCCCUGGGCCAGGGCAACGUGUCCCUUGUCAGUGCCAACGCCUGGGAUGAAAGGACCAAGAAGAAGAGAAAGAAAGGAGUCAGAGUCCAGAGGUCUAGCCUGGGUCUGAGGCAUAUCCCCCGUGACGUAGAGCUGGCCAUGAUGAGACCCCGUCUGGUCAAGUCAGCCGUUCCCUCCCAGCAGCCCUACCAGCCGUGGGACGACGAGGACGAGGUGGACAUCUACGCCCUGAGACGAACAGCCUACAUGUGUCCCAUGUAUGACCAGGAGGAGAGCAGCGUCAGGGGCAACAAGAGGGUGGCAGUGGAGGCCCUGGACAACAUUCCUUUCAGAAGGAAGAUCACCUUGUGUUAUUUCAUGGGGGGUCGCAGGGUCAUGCUGCCAAAAGACUACUAA